AGCUACAAUUUUGCGAUUAGAAAGAGUAAAUUGUAUAAUGGCAGACUGUUUUAUUCAAUUAGUUUGUUUAAUUGUAACUAUUUCUUAUAUACCAAAAGAAAGAGAUAUGAUUGCAUUUCAAAAUCAAUGCAUAGAAAUUGUUAACAAUCAUUGGAAUGAACUUGAAGCAGAACUAUAUAUUUUAGCAUAUAUGCUGCAUCCUGAAUAUUGA